AUGCUCGAAAGUAAGGACCCCGCAAUUAGGCUCUUUGGCCAGAAGAUUCCCUUUCCCGGAGAACCCGACGCUCCGCCCAUUGUCGCCUCCGAAACCGUCUCUCCGCCGCCGAUGGAUGUUGACGAAGACUUAGAAGACGUCGCUGAGUCAGAGACUGAGGAUGAUGAGAACAAAGACAAGGAUCCUCCAGAAGAAGUUAGUGAGAAAACGAAAGAAGCUGAUCCUUCUCCAAAUGCUGCAGACUCUAAUAAGAAGAACCCAGAGGGUACUCAGAACCCAAACACACCUUCCAAAGACGAAGAAUCUGCAAAGUCAAAAACCAACAAGUCAGAAAACGAUCAAACGGAUCCAACCACAAAAGUUGCUGCUGUUACAACCAACUCAGAAAACGACAACAAUAACAACAAUAAAACGCUGAAAAAACCAGACAAAAUUCUUCCAUGUCCUCGCUGCAAUAGCAUGGACACCAAGUUUUGUUACUACAACAACUACAACGUGAACCAGCCACGUUACUUCUGCAAAGCAUGCCAAAGGUACUGGACCGCCGGGGGCACCAUGCGAAACGUGCCGGUGGGUGCAGGGAGGAGAAAGAACAAAAACUCAGCCUCUCACUAUCGCCAUAUCACAAUCUCUGAAGCACUUCAAGCUGCAAGAAUCGAUUCCCCAAACGGGACUCAUCUUUUGAAGCCCAAUGGGAGAGUCCUCAGCUUUGGGUUAGACCCUCCAAUUUGUGAUUCCAUGGCAUCAGUCCUCAACCUCACGGAGAAGAAAACAAGAAACGGGUUUCACACCAUCGAGGAUCAAAGAAACAAAGAUGAUGACUGCUCAAGUGCAUCUUCCAUUACCGUUUCCAAUGAGGAAAGUGGGAAAAGCACGUCACAAGAAUCAUUGGUGCCAAACAACAACGGUUUCAUAAAUCAUCAUCACCAUGUUCCGUGCAUUUCCACUGUUCCUUGGGCUUAUCCUUGGACCUCCGGUGUUCCCUCAGCUCCUGCUUUGUGCCCUCCAGGGUUUCCCAUGUCAUUCUACCCUCACGCAUUUUGGAACAUUCCUUGGUUUCCCGCACACUCACAGCACCAUGCUGCUCCAUCUCAAAGGUCUCCGGGUUCUGGUCCAAAUUCUCCUACUCUUGGGAAACACUCCAGGGACGAUGACGUGGCGAAGCAAGAGCAUUUGCAUGAGGAACCAUCGAGGCAGAGAAACGGGUCUGUGUUGGUGCCCAAAACUUUGAGAAUCGAUGACCCCAGUGAGGCUGCCAAGAGUUCUAUAUGGGCAACGUUAGGGAUCAAGAACGAGUGCGUGAGUGGGGGUGGCAUGUUCAAGGGGUUCCAAUCCAAGAAAGACGAGAAGGACCAUGUCGUUGAAACCUCUCCUGUGUUGAGGGCCAACCCUGCAGCCUUGUCUAGAUCCCUUAACUUUCAUGAGAACUCUUGA